AUGUUCGCGGACCUCCUCAACGACGGCAGGCCGGGGCGGUCGUCGUCCUCCUCCUCGGCGCCGGCGCGCGGCGCCCCCCGCGGGUCGUCGGCGGCAGCCGCGUCCACCUCGACGUGGGUGGGCUUCGACGACGAAGCGCCAUCGGCGUCCGACUUUAGCGCGCCCGCGGUCGCGACGCACCCGGGAUUCCCCGUGCCAUCCCGCGGCGUCGCCAAGCCCGAGGACAGCGUCCACCCGCUGACCCGCCAGUGGGCCAGCCGCAUCGGCAAUCGCGCCGUCCGCGACGCCUUCCUCGCGCAUCCCAUCGAGGACUACACCUCGUCGCACGAGCUCUCCGUGUGGACCGGGACGUGGAACACGAACGGCAAGAGGCCGCCGCCGGGACUGGACAUCUCCCCGUGGCUCGACGCGGUGGUAUCCAAGCCGGAUAUCGUCGUCGUCGGGUUCCAGGAGAUCGUGCCCCUGACGCCGGGCAAGGUGCUCGCGGUGGAGGACGAGAAGGCGACGAAAGAGUGGGAAGCCAUCAUCGAGCGAGCGCUCCACGAGGGAGGCGGAGGGGGUCCGCGAGGCGCGUCGUCGUCCACCGCCGGGUGGGCCAGCUUCGACGGCGACGACGCCGGGGGAGCCGCGGGAGGCGCGUGGACCUCCUUCGACGCGGCGAGUUCGGAGGACGGCCGGCGAAGCGGCGGCGGGGGCGGGGGCGGCGACACAGCUGGCGGCGGAUCCAAAGCGUCCGCGGGAUCCGCGGCGUCCCCGUCGCGUCGUUACGUUCGACUCGCGUGUAAGCAACUCGUGGGGGUUUACAUCACCGUGUGGGCCACGACGGAGGCGGCAUCGCACGUGAGGGACGUGCGCGUGGCGACCGUGUCGACGGGUUUCAACCUGGGCGUGGGCGCGCUGCAGGUUGCCACGCUGGGCAACAAGGGCGGCGCCGCGGUUUGGCUUCGAUGCUACAACACCCCCGUCCUGUUCGUGUGCUCGCACCUCAGCGCCGGGAGCAAGCCGGACGACGCCGCGAAGCGCUCGCAGGACUACCACGACAUCGUGAGCAAGCUGUCGUUCCCGGCGCCCCCCGCGGCGAGCUCCGACGGCGCCGCGAUCGAGCGCUCGGCUUCCGUCAAGGACGCCUUCGCGUGCGUCUGGAUCGGCGAUUUGAAUUACCGGCUGAACCUGCCGGACGAUACGGUCCGGGACGCGAUCGCGGGGGGAACGCACGCGAGGCUGCUCGGCGCGGAUCAGCUGGUGUUGGAGCAGGCGGCGGGUAGGGCGUUCGUGGGGUGGACCGAGGCGCCGGUGACGUUUCUGCCCACGUACAAGUACAGGCCGGGCACGAAUCAGUACAGCGGCGGCGGCGACGGCGACGACGACGACGACGAGGGUUCAGGCGACGUCAAGGUGAGCAAGAAGGAGGAGAAGAAGAAGCGAACGCCCGCGUGGUGCGAUCGGAUCCUGUGGCGGGGCUGGGACAUAACCCAGCACUCGUACGACCGGUCCGAGCUGGUGCAGUCGGAUCACAAGCCGGUUCGAUCGAAAUUUUCAAUCGUCGCCAGGGAGCUGCAACCCGAGAGGCUGCAGGAGGUGCUGCUGGAGCACAGGCGCCGGAUGGACUUUCAGGAGAUGGCGUCGCAG